GUCAUUCCAUUUUCAUUCUCCUCCAACGCGUUUCAAGCAGAGGAUAUAGGACACUCUCCCCACUCCCUACACUCUCUCUCUCUCUCUCUCUCCUUCCUCUCCGACAUUCGCAUCACCUGUUUGACACUCUCCCUUUUGCACAGAAAAGCAGCAUCAGCAUAGUACAGCAUGGCUGAGGGAGAGGACAUUCAACCCCUUGUUGUUGAUAAUGGUACUGGAAUGGUUAAGGCUGGAUUUGCAGGUGAUGAUGCCCCAAGAGCAGUUUUCCCUAGCAUAGUGGGUCGUCCUCGACAUACAGGUGUCAUGGUGGGCAUGGGGCAAAAGGAUGCUUAUGUCGGGGACGAAGCUCAAUCAAAAAGAGGUAUCCUGACCUUGAAGUAUCCAAUUGAGCAUGGUAUAGUCAGCAACUGGGAUGACAUGGAGAAGAUCUGGCACCACACGUUCUACAAUGAGCUCCGUGUUGCUCCUGAAGAGCACCCUGUUCUGCUGACAGAGGCACCUCUCAACCCGAAGGCAAACAGAGAGAAAAUGACUCAAAUCAUGUUUGAGACCUUUAAUGUGCCAGCCAUGUAUGUUGCCAUCCAGGCUGUGCUUUCGCUAUAUGCUAGUGGACGUACUACUGGUAUUGUGCUUGAUUCUGGUGAUGGAGUGAGCCACACGGUUCCUAUUUAUGAGGGUUAUGCACUUCCCCAUGCUAUUCUGCGGUUGGAUCUUGCUGGCCGAGAUCUCACUGAUUAUCUCAUGAAGAUUCUGACAGAAAGGGGUUACAUGUUCACCACUAGUGCGGAACGGGAAAUUGUUCGUGACGUGAAGGAGAAGCUUGCAUAUGUCGCUCUUGAUUUUGAGCAGGAACUGGAGACUGCAAAGAAUAGCUCUGCAGUGGAGAAGAGUUACGAGCUGCCUGAUGGACAGGUUAUCACCAUUGGUGCUGAGAGGUUCCGUUGUCCAGAAGUGUUGUUCCAGCCAUCACUGGUCGGAAUGGAAGCUGCUGGAAUUCACGAAACAACAUACAACUCCAUCAUGAAAUGUGAUGUGGAUAUUAGGAAGGAUCUCUACGGAAACAUUGUGCUCAGUGGUGGAUCAACUAUGUUCCCUGGCAUUGCUGAUCGUAUGAGCAAGGAAAUAACAGCUCUUGCUCCAAGCAGCAUGAAGAUUAAGGUAGUUGCACCACCUGAAAGGAAGUAUAGUGUCUGGAUUGGAGGGUCAAUCCUAGCAUCCCUGAGUACUUUCCAGCAGAUGUGGAUCUCAAAGGGAGAGUAUGAUGAAUCUGGUCCUGCAAUUGUUCACAGGAAGUGUUUCUAAGCCGGAUCACUUCAACAACAGAAGGUCGGAUGUGAGUCUUAUUUCAAGAAUAUCUUUGCUGGAGGACCAAUGCCCGGUUUUUCCCUAAGUUUCCCGGAACAGGAGUUGGCGUCAUCUUUCAUUGUCAAGAGUUUGAAUCUAGUGUGGGUUGGCUUGCGGUCUUGAGUAUGAUCAUGAAGUGAUUUUGUAAGGUCUUUGAUUGGUACUUUGAUAGUAAUAUUUGGUUUUUCUUUUUCUUUACCCUGUUAUUUUUCGGGUAGAAGCGGUAUGCAACUCAGCGCUGUAAUAUUUGGGUGGCACUGAGCUUCUAUAUAGUUUUUCCGACUAUCAUAUUGAAAUGAAUGGAUUUGCAGCUGUUGCUUUCUUCAUACUUCUCCGCAUCCUGUAGCUGGUGUGGUGCCUUUGUGUGAACUUAUAAAUUACGUCAAGUCUGAAUAAAUAAUAGAUGCUUUAAUAA